GCAAGCGGUGCAGUGUAGUCUGCUGCACAACACAGAGCUGGCGCAACUGGCUAGCUAGCCAACCACCUGAGAUGGACGUUUUCUUAAUGAUUCGGCGUCACAAGACCACAAUCUUCACAGACGCCAAGGAGUCCACCACUGUGUAUGACCUGAAGCGUAUUGUUGAAGGAAUACUUAAAAGACCACCUGAAGACCAGCGGCUCUACAAAGAUGAUCAGCUGCUAGAGGAUAACAAAACUCUUGGCGACUGUGGAUUUACCAACCAGACUGCCAGACCUCAAGCUCCAGCUACAGUUGGUCUGGCUUUCCGUGUGAACGAUGAGAUGUUCGAGCAGCUGCACAUCGAGGCCUUCUCCAGCCCCCCAGAACUCCCCGAUGUGAUGAAGCCCCAGGACUCUGGUAGCACUGCCAAUGAGCAGGCGGUGCAGUGAUGGCAGGACGAGGAGGCGCGCGGUGGAGGGAAGGAUGGAAGUGGGUUUGUGUGGAUUAACUGCGGUGAAGAAGUAGUAGCGGGGUGGAGGUUGUGUAA